UCUAAUUUCUCAAUUAAAACGGAUGACUUGUUGAUGUCAGUCCCACAUUCCCAGCACCGGAAAACAACGACCUUGCACCCACUCUCACCCCCUCUUUCGCUAUUUUUAUACACUCUCUUCAGUGUGUUAAUCAAGUCUCCUCAACUCUCACCAUUACCCUUCCUCCUCAUUCUCUCUCUCUCUCUGAUCUCUUUCUCUCUGUGUGCCUGAAAGGAAGAAAAAAGAAAUGAAGAAAAUCAACAUGAUACUGAGGAAGUGCAAGAGCCUGUCAAGGCAACUGGGGAGAUCUUCUUCGUAUAGCAGCUUACGGUCCAAAUCAACAAGGGAAGAAUUAUGGAAUGGUGACAUGCAAGAUUAUGACGAACAUCACAAAACUGUAUUCGUGGGAAGCACCAGAAAGCGAUACGUGAUUAGCUCCAAGUACCUUAGCCAUCCUCUUAUAGAUGCCCUCAUCGACAAAACAAAGCACAAGACUUCUUCAGGGGAUGAUAUUUUGGUGGUCAGGUGUGAGGUGGUUCUAUUCGACCAUCUCUUAUGGAUGCUUGAGAAUGCAGACCCAAAUCUCAGCUCCGAGUGCUUGCAGGAAUUGGCUGAGCUCUAUGUUUUCUGAGGCCCCUGAUGCUUGAGGUCUGGUGUUCAGGGACAGAAGCAUACUGGGGUUCAUCUCAGGUUGUGGCUUUUGCAUCUGAGAAUUGUAAGUGCAUGCAUGGCUCAUUUCUUCUUCUUCUUCCUGAUGCAUAUGAUUGAUCUCUGUCAUAACUCCUUGGGAAAUUGACAGACCCAACACAUGAUCCAUGAGUUUCUGUUGUUCUAUUCCAUGAUUCUUUAUCCUUAAAUUUAA